AUGCCGGAAACAUAUAUUGUCCGUUUUAAGGUGCUGAAGGUGGAGUCAGCGGCGCUAAGGGAUGGCCGACAGUACACCGUUGCCUACCGCCGCGGCGAGACCGUUCGUUCCUCGCCUUGUUACAUUGCGGGGGGCGGUGUUGUUGACUUCAGUUUGAUGCCGGAGGGUGCGGCCAUUGUGCACUUCAAGAGCGGUGCACCGCGGUUUAUGCCCAAGUGGAUCACCUUCCGCUUAGAGGAGUACAUGCGGGGUCAGCCGCGGAAAGUAAUUGGGGAGACGCAGGUGGACUGCGCCGAGCUACUCGGACUGCACAGUAUCACGGCCUCAGCGCAGCGCCAAAUGGAGUUUGAGAUUAAUGGAACCUCUGCCCAGAUGGUCGUUGCACUCCUCGUUUACCCCGAGAAGCACCCGCCGCUUUCCUUUCGCGGCGUUGUCCCUGCGAUCGCCAAUGACGCUCAGAGCGGCGGGGCGAAGAAUGAUGGGGUCAAGCGGAUGACCCGCGGCGAGGCUAUGACGCUGCUGAUAUCGCUCGAAGCCAUGCUUGAACGUCGCCGGGAAGGGAACCCGAAAAAGGAGGAUGCCUCCCCGUUGGAGCGGCGCCUGGCAGAGCUGGAGGAGCGGCGUCGCUCACUUUCCAGCGUGGAUGGGAUGGCCGCAGCCGUGGUUAAGCAGCGCGUGGAGGGCGUGGUGGGGGCACAGUUUCUCGCCUUGUCCCGCAAAUACCGCGACAACUAUGUGGGUGAAGUGGCUGCUUAUCUGCGUCAGUGCGCCGUCACUAGUGGCCUCUCGCUUACCACCGACAUUUCAGAGGAGGCGGUGACGGACACGGAAGGUGCACGAGAACGGCUGCAGCGCAUCAACACCCGCAUCGACGACUUAAUGAGCCAAGUGCGAACGCUAGAGGAGGAGCAGAAGUCCCUUGCACGAAUGCAAAGUCGCGCGGACGUGACGAAUGAACUGUGUGCCAUUCUGAAUAAGGUGGAGACGCUCCAGUCGCAAAUUAAUUUGCUGCUGAAGACACGCACCGCCCUGGAGGACGUGAUCCGUGGCAAAGGCAUGGAUGCCACCCCCGUUGGUCGCGAGGUGCAGGAAAUCCGCCAGCGACUUCGCACUCUGACAGCCGAGGAGACGCAACUGCAGGAACAGGUACGCCGCAUGAUGAACGUCACCGUCACUCACGUGUUGAAGUGGGCCCGCGGCAAAAAUCCGCCGACGGAAGACCUCUCAUCAGACGUCGCGACGCUUUUUGCGACAGGGCCGUCGCAAGCGCAGUGGCAGAAAACCUCCUCAAAGGAGCUCAGCGCCGAGGAGCGUCGCCAGCUUGUGGAGGCGUUGUCGAAUGUCACCAAACCCCUUUCCCCGCCUGAGAAACCGGAGGCCUCAAGCAAGGCGGAGGGGACCGCGAUGCCGCCCAUGAAGGAGUUGUUUGGAGCCAAGGGGCUCCCAUCGGUGGGUGACUUUGGUGCUUCCGCGAGCAAGGAAAAGGAGGAUGCCCCAACGUCCUCACAAGGCACCAAGACUGCUGAAAAGCACUUGGAUCCGUUCAUCCCCGAUCUGAAAAGUGACAUGUUUGCUCCUACGCUGGCGGAGGGGCAGGAGAGAAACAAAGCCACGUUACCGGAGUUCGACUUUGGCGCCACACUAGACAGGGAUGCGGGCGCGGAGUUGGCGAUGGGCAGCGGCAGCAGCGGCGCGUACGCCAUGUUCUCCAACGAUACACAUGAGUCUGCUCUGGUCCCAACUGCUCCGCCUGUUGAGGACUUGAUUGCGAUUGAUGAUGAUCCCAUGUACGAGUUUCGCCCAACCGCCAAAGACACCGGCACAAUACCACUUACUAUCGAGUUUGAGGACUCAUCGUUUUUCAACAACCUCGAGGGUGAGGCCGCAGCAAAGGGUCCUGCGUUGACAUUUGAGUUGGGGAGCCACCACUCGCGCAACUCGAACAGUGGCAACUCGCAGCUUCCAACGUACAGCUUCGGCCCCGAUGGUGCGGCGAAGGGAGGUCGCACCACAGAUCACUCCGGCCUGCCGAAGUACGACUUUGGCACCUGA